AUGAUCCUCCGCCUGGUUGUCGUCGCUGCUUCACUCGUCGUCAUCGGACUGCUCGUGCACGCCAACACGCUCGUCGGAAGCUCCCGCAACGCGCACCUGAGCGCGCUGCGGGCGGGCGGUCCCUCGGCCGUCGGCAGCAGCACCGCUGCCGCUGCCGCCAGCGAGAGCCCACAGGCCGCUGCCGCUGCCGCCAGCGAGAGCCCACAAGCGGGUGCGGCGCAGCACUCGCAGCCAGCCAAAGCGUCGCACGUGACCGCCACCUCCGAGCCGGCGCAGCACGCGACGCCGCCGCUUGCGGCCACCACUCCGCACGCCGAGGCGGCGCCGCAAGGGUGCCCGCCGACCCGGAAGCCGUACCACGUGGUGAUGACGGCGGCGACGGGGAUUUACCAGGAGUGGCAGUCUCGCAUCGCGUACUACCACUACCUCAAGCAGAAGAAGGCGGGCGGUCCGUGUUCCGACAUCGGCGGCUUCACGCGGCUUGAAUGGCCAUGUGACAUAAUUAAUGAGCAGGCGCCCGACAAGCUGAUGGACGAGAUCCCGACGCUGGUGGUGAAGCAGCUUGGGCACGGGUCGUGCGACGAGUGCGACCACGGCAUCAUCGUGGUGAACCGGCCGUGGCGAGGUGUGAACAGCGAGUACCUCUUCUUCAUCGAGACGGACCACAUGAUGAUGCGCCCGCCCCUCAACGGCGCCACCCCCGAGAAGCCGGUCGGCUUCGGCUUCUACUACAUGACCUCGACCCUAGAAGCCGAACACACACUGUCGCGUCCUACACCCACACAUGACACCUUCUCUACUCUCCCCCCUGUGUCGCAUGUGGCAUGCCCCUCGCCCCUCCUCGUGCACAAGGCGAUGCUCAAGCGAGUCGCGCGGCCGUGGUGGGACCUCUCCGUCAAGAUGAAGCACGACAGCGACGCGAACCACAUCUUCGGCUGGGUGCUCGAGAUGUGGGGCUACAACCUCGCCGCCCGCAACCUCGGCAUCCGCCACACCGUC